ACCUGCCACUAUGGCCGCAUCUGGGACUGGCCAGACAACUGCUGCUGGCUCUCGCUAUUCCAACAAGGAUUUAAAGGGGAAUUGUACUGCAGGCAAUGUCCCAAAGCAGCAGCAUCAGGAGCUUGGGGACUAAGGCUCCUUUGACAUUAUCACACACAGAGCUGACCGCAAUGACAGCAGCUGCUCCUUCGAACUGCCGGCAGCAGCCAAGCGGCAGCAUGAAAUGAGAGAUCACUCCUGAGCUCAAGAUGAACUUCACCUUGGAUGGAAAUCAGAGCAGCCGCCCCUUUUGCCUCCUGGCAUUUGGUUAUUUGGAAACUGUCAAUUUUUGCCUUUUGGAAGUGCUGAUUAUUGUCUUUCUAACUGUAUUGAUUAUUUCUGGCAAUAUCGUUGUGAUUUUUGUAUUUCACUGUGCACCUUUGUUGAACCACCACACUACAAGUUAUUUUAUACAGACUAUGGCAUAUGCUGACCUUUUGGUCGGGGUAAGCUGCUUAGUCCCUUCUUCAUCGCUUCUCCACUACCCCCUUCCGAUAGAGGAGUCCUUGACCUGCCAGGUAUUUGGUUUUAUAGUAUCAGUUCUGAAGAGUGUCUCCAUGGCCUCUCUGGCCUGCAUCAGCAUCGACAGAUAUAUUGCUAUCACUAAACCUUUAACCUAUAACACCCUGGUUACACCCUGGAGGCUACGCCUGUGUAUCUUACUGAUUUGGCUAUACUCCACCCUGGUCUUCCUGCCUUCCUUUUUCCAAUGGGGCAAACCUGGAUAUCAUGGAGAUGUGUUUCAGUGGUGUGCAGAUUCCUGGCACACGGACCCCUACUUCACCUUGUUCAUUGUGAUGAUGUUAUAUGCCCCAGCAGCCCUCAUUGUGUGCUUCACCUAUUUCAACAUCUUCCGCAUAUGCCAACAGCACACAAAGGAAAUCAGUGAAAGGCAAGCCCGCUUCAGCAGCCAGAGUGCAAAGGCUGGGGAAGUGCAGGCUUGUCCCGAUAAGCGCUAUGCCAUGGUCCUGUUCCGAAUCACUAGUGUAUUUUAUGUCCUCUGGUUGCCGUAUAUCAUCUACUUCUUGUUGGAGAGCUCCACUGGCUACAGCAACCACUUUGCAUCUUUCUUGACCACCUGGCUGGCUAUUAGUAACAGUUUCUGCAACUGUGUCAUUUAUAGUCUCUCCAACAGUGUCUUCCAAAGGGGAUUGAAGCAUCUCUCAGGGGCCAUGUGUACUUCUUGUGCGAGUCAUACCACAGCCAAGGACCCUUACACAGUUAGGAGCAAAGGCCCACCUAAUGGAUGCCAGGUCUGAAGUGGAACAACUAUUGGGUCACUGCGUGUGUGUGUGUGUGUGCGCACGCGCGUCUGCGUAUGUGUCGGUGUGCGUUUUCCUUUUUGUCUCUUUGUAUUUCUAGUUUACCAGGAAAUCUGGGACAAAAUUAUUUGACUUUGCAGCAAUAACAAAUGAUCCAUCCAAAAUACCUUCUGAGUUUGCAUAAAUUAUUUACUAAACAAUAUUUUUGAACCAGAAAAAUUGGGACCAUGACCAUGACAUUCCCUUGAUUCAAAUUUUUGAAAUGCCGUGGAAAUGACUCCAGUCCUCAGAUUUAAAAUGAGCAAAGCCGUAUCUAACACUUCUCUCCGGCUGGCACGACUGAACCUAGGUGUGAAAAGCUUCAGCAUUUAAAAAAGUUAUCAUUUACUUGACACUUUCUGGGUUCUUUCCAGCUGUUCGAGCUUCAUGUGCAGUUGAUUUCUUUUAACUGGGAAUAUUAAAAUACAUGUGAUGAAUUAAUACAAAUUAUUUAUAUAUAUACAUAUACAGGAGCCCUGGUGGCGCAGGGGUUAACCAAAAGGUCGGCAGUUCGAAUCCACCCAGCCGCUCCUUGGAAACCCUAUUGGGCAGCUCUGCUCUGUCCUAUAGGGUCGUUAAGAGUCAGAAGUGACUCGAUGGCAAUGGAUUUGUUUUGUUUUGUUUUUGGAGAUAUAUAUAUAUAUUUAUGCCAAAGUACACCUAACUGUAAGUUUCAGCACUUUCAUUUAGAAAUUCAAAUGUUUUAUGUUUUAUUCCCUUGAGAGAAAUCUCAGUGGUGAAUGAACAAUUACAAUGAACCAUGAAGCAGAAGUACUUUCAGAUCAUAUGGUUUAUGAAAAACUGAGCUAAUCUUUGUGCCCUGCUUCACAGACAUCUAAAAAAAUGUGUGCAUAAAAGUGAUUGUGUUGUGUUGUCGAAUUUGUGCCUAUGCCUUUGUGUAUGUGUGUAUAGAGAAUAUUUGAAUUGAGUUAGAUUUCUCUUUUACAACAAAAAGUGUUUUAAUAAGCUAAAAAAGUAAUUAAAUGAUAGGCUGAUGGCUGCCAUUUUUAUAAUGGUAAAAAAGUAUAAAAUGUGUCUUCUCUGUUGUUUUAAUACAAAAACUUGACAUAUUAGAGCAUCAGGGAGAAGUACAUCAUGAGUAACUGAAUCAAAAAAUACACAUUUAACUAGUUCGUUUUGAAAAUAGAAGGGGGUAAAUUGAGGUGGUUUUGUGGUUAAACCGAAUCAGUUAAUAUAAUAACAGCUAACUCAUUUUGAAAAAAAAAAAAUAAUUUUUUUUAUGUUAGUAUUAAGGAGUCCCUAUUUGAAGGUGGGAAAAAAGACUUCUGGUUAGUCUAAGUCUCUAUUAUUGCUAUUCUCCUUCUGAAGAAAAAACUUUGGGGUACAGUUCUUUCCUUAGGAGCAGUCUUUUUUUUUUAAGCCAAACUACUCACCAAAUCUGAGGAUUUAUUGUUGUUCUGUAGCUUUAUUAUUGAAAGUGGUGUGUGUUUGUAUGUAGUUACGAUGUUUUGUUCUUAAAAGUGACUGUCUUUGGAGCAAGAGGUUUAUUUUUUGAAAACGAGGAUUUCCCAGCAGCUCCAAGCAUGAGACUAUUUCCUCUACUGCUUUACUGGUUUUAAUAUUUUGGGAAUGUUCAGGGUACUUAUUUGAUCUCUGCCUUUGGCUAGAUGUUGUAAUCUGAAUGCGACAGUGGUGUCCAGUGAGAUGGAAUAUGGAAGAAACCCAAGGGACAUGGGUUCCUGAAUCCAAGAAAGGACAUGGAUAUUUAUAAAACAGGCAGAUAUGCUUUUGGUUUUCCAUCAUGAUAUUAGAGCACUCUCUUCUUAUUUUAAAUAAAGGGCAGCAUUCUUAUGAUUUUCGAUUUUAAACAUCAGUUUGAUUUUAACCUCGUGUAGACUAUUUAAACUUUUUUAUUUUAAAUGAAUAAGUGUUAUAUAAAACACCCAAACUUCAAAUUCUGGUUUUUUUUGCAAAAGCUUGCUUAUUCUUCAUAUUUAGUAUUGGAAAAAUUUGAUUCUGAGGUCUUUCAAAAUUUAGAAAUCAUACUGAAAUAACAAGUUAUGUUAGAAAUGACUUUUUAAAUUGCCAUUUCGAGUGGAAAACCUUUUUGUUGGAUUUUGAAAAACAAUUGUAUGCAUUUUCCCUUUCCUUAAGUGGUAGAGAUCUAAAAAGCAAAAUUUACCUUUUUUCAUAUAUAGUCAGCUUUGUAUGAUUUGCUUGUGAAAAUUGCUUAGCAAUAUGGGAAUUUUUUAAGACUGUAAUUUUUAUAGGAAACCGAUAUUAAAUCAGUAGGUUUUACUUUCUUUUUUCCUCCAAAAGGGUUCUAUCUUAUGAGAAUGAAAAAAGAGAAAAUGUAUGUUUAAUUUCUUGUAAUGACCAAUCAAGCUGGUCCUUUAAUAACUGAAAAGAUGAUGAUUCUUUUAAUUAAUGCUUUUGUUUAUGGAUUUCCUACAUUAUUUUCCUAGGACCAAAUUCAGAUGUCAUUAGAGGCAUUUUUUCACUUUCACUUUUUCAAAUUCCAUUAGGGGCAUUGGAAUCUCCAUGAAUGUCGCAGUAUAAACUAAAGUUGAAGCUAAGGAGAUAGAGUGAUUUUUAACAAAAAUAAAGAUGCCUCUUUUCCCUCCCCCAAACGGAUACUUUCUUAUCAUAAACCUUUCCAGUUUAUCUUGUCUUCAUUUUGCUGUAUAAACUCUAAGAUUUCUCUCAAAUUCUAUUAUUUUCACAUUCUCUGUACUUUGUGUGUCUGUGUGUGUGUGUGUGUGUUUUGGAGAGUGGAGGGGGCUUGGAUCAAUCAUACAAUCUUCAGUGAUUUGGGGCAGUUUCUGUGUGAUGUGUUUUGAGAGUUUGUGUUUUAAGUAACCUUUUCAUCCUGGCAUAUUUAAUAAAACAUUUGACAUUUGGCUUAAAUACCAAUUUGACUAGUUCAGAAUUAGGAAAAAUAUGUAUUUUUAGACUCAGUUACCUUGGGCUUUGGCAGGACAGCUCAUUUAACUUUAUAUGGUAUAUGGCUGGUAACAGAGGAGGCAUAAGCUUUUGGUGAUUGAGUUGAAAUUAUUUCAUACUAAAUUUGAAAUAAGAUUAUACUAAUUAUUGUAUUUGUUGUAUGUUUUAAUAUAACGAUUUCAGCGAAAGUGUGUUUUCCUCUUAGGGGGUCAAAGGUGAUCACAAAUGGACAAGCGUUCCAUUUUAGUGGAAGAACUGUACGAGAGUGAAUAUUUGAAUUUUGCAUGGACCUGUUGACUGUUAUCAGAAUUGCAUUUAGAAAAUAGUUUUCUUUAAGCUUCAUUGCUGGAUAAGUUCUCUCUGAGCCUUUUAUAAAGGCUAUUUUUUUUUUUUACUUGAAUAAUAAAUAGCCUCAGUGUUUUAAGAAUUGAGAAAACUUGAAUUUUUGUAAUAUAUGCAUUGUCCACCUCUUUGAACUUGAAAAUGAAGCGGCAGGGAUAUAGGCUCCAGGUUAGUGGAGUGGUUUCACUGAGGAUUUCCUCAGCUUUUCUGGUUUAAUUGAAAAUCUGCACAGUGGCUUUGUAGAAAAUAUCUUAAUUUCACUGACUGUGUUUUUGUAUCAUAAAUUUGGUUAAUAAUUUAUUGUCAUGCGAGCAGAUUUUGGGUAGUUGAAGGAUGCAGAAUGGUGACAGUAUGAGAUUUUUGAAGCCUUCAUAAAUCAUUUUAUGUGGUGAUUUUUGCUUAAUAUUUUGCCUUUGAGGUUUAAGAAAAACUGAAUUGAGUGUACAUAUUAUUAAUGUAUUUUGCAGACCAUGAUAGUACUUUAGACAUUUCUGUGGCUGUAAAUGAGUCAUUUAGCUUUUCUUCAAAAUUUGGGUAACCAGAGGGUAGCAGGAUAGAAUAAAAAUGAACUUUGAGCUGGGAAUCAAAAAAUCUGGGUUUCUGUUACUAAUUAACUAGUUUUGUAAGUUAGGGCAAAUUGAUUUUCUGAGUACUUAAUUUCUUCUGUAAAAGGAGAUAACGCUCCCUUUAUACCUCAUAGGUUACUUUGAGGAUUGAGUUAGAUAAUGGAUGUGAAAUACUUUGUAAAUUGCAAAGUACUGUACAAAUAAAAAUAUUACUGUCAUUUGUUCUGCCAUGCUUUUACAUGUAAGGAAGCCAUACAUUGUAAUGUGGUGCUCCCCACAUUAAGAUCUUUAAAACUCAAUGCUAGAUCACUAUACCAUGCUACUUACCAAUCACCAACUUGAGAAGAGAGGAAAGGUAAAUCAUCGCCUGACUAAAAUGACAGUAGCUUUAAAUUCAACGUAAAACUGCUUAUAUUUAUGUUCUUUCUUUGUCUGCUAACUCUCUGGCAAGAGACAUGUCUCUUCAUAUCUUUUUUCCCCAAAAUCUAACAUAGGAUUUGGCUCAGAGUAGAAGUUUUAAUAAAUUUUACGUUAUGAAUGACCCUUUCUAAUUAUUACUUCUAGUUGUAUUAUUCUUUUAGUUAAAUUUUCUUCUUUUGUUACUUGUCUUUUAGUGUCAUUUCUUGUAUGUCUCACUAGUCUUACAAACCUGAAACUCAUUCUUUCCCUUUAAAGUGGUUAUAUAUCACUGCUCUUAUCUUUUAUCAUAAAAGCUAGUUAUUUUAUGAUUUAGUACACAAAGGGCAGCCUUAUUCCUUUAUUCUUAAAGUCUGGGAAAGCAACUAAGCUUGGUUUGCAUGUAAAAAAACAAAAAAUCAAUGCCGUUUAGUGGAUUCCAACUCAUAGCGACCCUAAAGGACAGAGUAGAACUACCCCGAAAAGGUUUCCAAGGAGCACCUGGUGGAUUUGAACUGCUGACCUUUUUGGUUAGUAGCCAGGCUCUUAACUACUGCACCACCAGGGCUUGGUUUACAUGUAGUGCCUACAAACUGCCUAGCUGGAAGAGCAAGAUAUUAUGAAAAUAACUAUAAAAGUUAACUAUCAGAUAAUUAAAGACAUUUAGUAUAUAAAAUGACAAAUCAUGUUUAGUAAAGGCGUUAAAAAGAGGAGAAGUUGAGCUAGAAAGGACCUUAGAGAUCAUUUGGUCUGAAUCUCUUGUUUUGCAGACAGGGAACUGGCUCAACAUCUAUUUAUAAUAAAACCCAGACUUCCUGCUUCCUAAUCUGUGCCCUUUCCUACACUACUGUGCUGCCUUUGCAGAGGAGCUAGGAUUCUAGGCAUGGGAAGCAUUAUAAAUAGCAAUAUAAAUGUUAAUUGAGGCUUAUUCUAUUUCAGUAGAAUUUUAUAAAUAUCAUUUUAUUUAAUCCUUCUAGCACCAUAGGAGCUAGUCACUAUUAUUAACUCCAUUAUACAGAUGAGGAAACUGAGGAUUAGAGUUGCCAGAGUCCCCUGAGUAAUAAGUGGAAGAUCUGGGAUUCAAACCUAAGCCUUUCUGACUCCAAAGCUUACGCUUUUAAUCCAUUUAAUUCUCAGAGCAACCUAUCAGGUAGGUAUUUUUAUUAUCCCUAUAUUACAGGUGUGGAAACCCUGGUGGCAUAGUGGUUUAGAGAUGCGGCUGCUAACCAAAAGGUCAGCGGUUCGAAUCUACGAGGGGCUGCCUUGGAAACCCUGUGGGACAGUUCUGCUCUGUCCUGUAGGAUCACUAUGAGUCAGAAUCGACCCAACAGCAACGGGUUUGGUUUCGGGUGGUUUUAUAUUACAGAUGAGGAAAUUUAGGUUUAGAGAAGUUUAGAAACUUUUCCAAGGUUACACUUCUAGCAAGUGACAGUAUUAGGAUUCAAAUCCAGUUCUUUGACUGUAAAGCCUGUGUUCUUCACCAAUACAUAAACUAACUCUGAGAUUUGAAAAAACAUAGGGCAGACUUCCUGUUAAAUAUAGCAGACUAUGUAAGUUUAACUCUGUUAACGUCACUAAAAAGAAUAGUAUAAGUGUAAUCUAUAUAGACAGUAGAAGGGGACCAGAGAUGAUAGCAGAUGAAUAAUGCCAAUGAAAUUUUGUAACAUAGAAACCCACUGGCCAAGUGAUAACUGACUCAGCAGAAUGGACAAAGCUGAAUCCUGAAGUCAAGGGGGAUGAAUAAAAGAAGCAGGCUGAUUUAUCCACGUAACCUUGGAAAUAGAGGGGAAUUGGAUUCCUGAGAUGCCUAUAACAGGGAAUAUGGGGCUGAAAACAGAGGAAUACUUUUGAUAGAAAGCUUAUAUAAUGCACAUUCAGAUACUGUCACCUCCCGAGCUCCCACUUUACUCCACCCCAACCUGGCUCAAGCAGGCAGCUGUUUUUUACCAUCCCAGCAGAAGACAGGAGGUUUUUCUCUUUGGAGACUUGGGACUACAAAUACUCUGGAUACCAGGCAUAGCUGAGAAUGGGACUAAGGUACUUUGCUGAAAAAUAAGUUUCAAGAGAAAGUCCAUUUAUUAAAUAAGCAGCCCUCCUGUCCCACUUCACUUCCAAAAUGCUCUUAGCCAACCUUAAGCUCUGUAAGCAGGACAUAAGAGAUGUCAAGCCUGGGGAGAGGGUUCACAUUACCUGCCUGAUAACCUUACAGUGAUACUCAUCAGUCCAUGGAUCCCACCCAUGCAUACAGAGUUUCCAGUUAAUUUUUACUUCUUUCAAUAUUAACAGACAGCCAGGUAUCAUUGGACUUUUGAGAAAAACCUCUCAGAUAAAAUGCAGAGUGUAGAACAAAGGAAAUCAGAGGAAACAGAGAUAAUGCAGGUCACAGGAGAAAAUUUUCCCAAAAAAUUCCAAGUGUAACUAAAAUUUUCAGAGAAGGUUUUGCACCCAUUAAAAGAGAACAGGGUGCCAUAAGAAAGAAACAUUAAGAGAACAAGAAAGGUCUUGAGAUUUAAAUAUAAUAAAAGAGGUUUUUAAAAAUCAGCAGAACGGUUGGAAGAUAAAGUUGAAGUAUGCCAGAUAGUGUUGGGGUGUGGGGGGAGACAAAGAGAUUGGUAAGUAGUAGGUGAAAAGCAAGACAAUUAGAGACUUAAUCAGGGAAGCCCAAUGUCUGGCCAGCAGGAUUUCAAGAAACAGAAUAGAGAAAAAGGAGGAGGUUCUCAAAUAAUCACAAGAAAAUUUUCUAUAACUGAAGGAUACGAGUUUCUAUCUAUAAUGAAAAGGCUGAGCAUAAUGAAAGAAAAAGACUCAAGCCAUGGCAAAUCAUAAAAUUUCAGAACACCGAGGAUAAAGAAAAAUCCUGGGCUGGGAUAGGGGUGGGAGAGUAGAAACAUUCAAAGUAUAGGGAUCUGAAUAGCACUGAACUUUCAUUCACAUAGAAGCAAGAAGAUAACGGGGAGUAACUUCAAAAUUUUGAGAAUUGAUUUCUAAUCAAGAAUUUUAUGCCAGUCAAACUAUCAUUCAAGUGGGAGGGUAAAAUAAACCCAUUUUGAGAUAUGCAGGGUCUCAAAACAUUUACCUGCCUUACAUACU